AUGCGGAGCCCUCUUCUGAGACAGCUCUACCGACUACGCCAACUCAUCUACAAACUUCGGCUCGGCCAAUUCGAUCCCGUCAGACUCCUCGAGUCUGCGGCCGUCCUCAUCUCUUCUCACCCAUCAUCACCCGCCCACGACAACAUCGUCAUCUUCACCACCGCCGCCAUGACGCUCUCCAAGAGCCCCGGCCUCGCCCGGUUCCUCUCCGACUUCACCCUCGGCUUCUCCGACGGCCUGACGGUGCCCUUUGCCCUCACCGCCGGCCUCAGCUCCCUCGGCAAGGCCGACACCGUCAUCUACGCGGGCCUCGCCGACCUCUGCGCCGGCAGCAUCAGCAUGGGCAUCGGCGGCUACCUCUCCGCCCUCGACGAGCUGCCCGCCGCCGCGCCGACGACCUCCGCCGGGGACGAGGAGAAGGAUGAGGAGCUCCACGGCAUGCUCCGCCACCGCGGCUCCCACGAGGAUGAGGACGGCGGCGAAAAGGGUGAUGGCAGCACCGCGCACGAGCAGCUCGUCCUGCGACACCUCGAGCCCCUCUGCCUGUCCGCCACGACGGCCGCCAACAUCGUCGCCACGCUCCGCGGCCAGCCGGGCUGCCUGGAACGCGCGGUCGCCGGCAUCGAGGCGCACAACGACGACCUCGGCGGCGGUCCCCCCGGCGACGCCCCCCUGCCCGUCUGGCCGGUCGCCUCGGGCUGCUCCAUCGCGGCCGGCUACGCCGUCGGCGGCGCCAUCCCGCUGCUGCCGUACUUCUUCGCCGCCACCGUCGGGCUCGGCCUCCGCUGGAGCAUCGGUCUCUGCCUCAUCGCGCUGCUCUCGUUCGGCGCCGGCAAGAAGUGGGUGCUCGGCGGCGAGCGCGUCUCCGCGCGGCAGUGUCUCUGGGCCGGGCUGCAGAUGCUGGCGCUCGGCAGUGUAGCGGCCGCGGCGGCGGUGGCGUGCGUGCACCUCCUCGGGUCGGUCACGGUAGCGCCCUAA